GCCCCGGGCCGCUGCCAGUCAUCUGUGCCCUAUCAUGGCGGCCCCGUGCGGGACGGGAUCCAGAGGAGGGACCGGAGGGAGGAGCAGCCUGGAAUGAUGACGUAGGAUUGGAAUGAGGGAGUGAAUUUUCCGGGUCAGAAACAGGACGGGAGAGGAAAUUAACUCCAGGACGAGACGGAAAAAAAAGAAAAAAAACCACACGAGAAUGCCGCCCUCCUUUACACUGAGAUGUAGCCCGUGUGUUUAACGCUUAAGAGGGGGCUUUAAAAAAGGCGGACGUUGGACGAGGAACCGAGUGGAGAGAAAAAACAGGUGUCUGCAAACUACAAAGUGAACCUACGACGGGGACUGGAGCACCCAUGUUACUCGCGACCUGCGGAACGUUAGCUCGGUAACGUUACAGCGGCUGACUUACAGCGGGAGUUUCGGUGUUUACUUGCCUGCGAGUUUCGCCUCGCUUGUGUUUGUCGGUGGCUGUCCCGCCAUAGCAAUCUGUUGCAUCUUCCACCAUCUCCUCCUCCCCGCUGCUUCUUUUAUCGCACGGGUACGAGAUUUAUUUCCACCUUCCCCGUGAUGUUUAACUGUAUACCCCUGUGGCGGUGCAACCGUCAUGUCGAGACGAUCGAUAAACGCCACUGCUCCCUGCUCUAUGUGCCCGAUGAGAUUUUUCGCUACGGACGGAGUUUGGAGGAGCUGUUGCUGGAUGCCAACCAACUCCGAGACUUGCCCAAGCAAUUUUUCCAGCUGGCGAAACUUAGAAAACUUGGCCUGAGUGACAAUGAGAUCCACACAAUUCCAUCUGAAAUAGCCAACUUUAUGCAGCUGGUAGAACUGGAUGUCUCUCGAAAUGAUAUUUUGGGCAUUCCAGAGAGCAUUUCAAACUGCAAAGCUCUCCAAGUGGCUGAUUUCAGUGGAAAUCCAUUAACAAAGUUACCUGAAAGCUUCACAGAGCUGAGGAAUUUAACCUGCCUUUCCAUCAAUGACAUUUCAUUGCAAGUGCUUCCAGAAAAUAUUGGAAACCUCACCAAUUUGGUAUCACUAGAACUCAGAGAAAAUGUAUUGCAAUUCCUACCAGAGUCAUUAUCACAGCUUCAUAAACUUGAAGAACUCGACCUAGGCAACAAUGAACUCUACUCUUUGCCUCAGUCAAUAGGCCACCUUGUCAGUUUGAAGGACUUGUGGCUGGAUGGAAACCACUUGACAGAAAUACCUGCAGAACUGGGCAACAUCAAAAGCCUGCUGUGUCUGGAUGUAUCAGAAAACAAACUGGAGAAACUUCCAGAGGAAAUGGGAGGCCUGGUGUCACUCACUGACCUGCUAGUAUCUCAGAACAACAUUGAUUCUCUACCAGAAAGCAUUGGAAAACUACGAAAACUUUCUAUACUGAAAGUUGAUCAGAAUCAACUGGCGUAUCUUCCAGAGAGCAUUGGCAACUGUGAAAGUCUUACUGAACUUGUGCUCACAGAGAACCAGCUACAGAGCUUGCCGAGGAGCAUUGGAAAGUUAAAGCGACUGUUUCACCUGAACUGUGACAGAAACCAGCUACUGUCGUUACCCAAGGAGAUUGGCGGCUGCAGUAGUCUGAAUGUCUUCUGCGUACGAGAGAACAGGCUGACGAGGAUACCGUCAGAGCUGUCGCAAGCCACAGAGCUGCACGUGCUCGACGUGUCUGGGAACCGGCUCACCCACCUACCGCUUUCUCUGACGACGCUACAGCUGAAGGCCUUAUGGCUGUCAGAAAACCAGUCGCAGCCGCUCCUCACCUUUCAGACUGAUCAGGACCCUAAGUCAGGCGAGAAGGUGCUUACCUGCGUGCUGCUCCCUCAACAGCCAAGUGAUGACAAAGGCUCUGAUAAUCUUGCCCGCUGCGGAGGUAUGGAGAGCCUGGUGAAUGACAUUGCUAACGAAACAUGGGACAACAACGCCGUGAACAGGACCAGCGUCAUUCACUUUGUAGAUGGAGAUGAUGUCGACGAUGACGACGAUCCGGGAACACUACUUCGGCGGGCCACGCCUCACCCCGACCAGCUGAAAAGUAUGAAGAGAGCAGCAGAGAAUCUCCGCAACGACAUGAAUGCCGCCAAAGGGCUGGACUCCAACAAAAAUGAGGUCAAUAACGCUGCGGACAGCGUGACCACGUCUGUGUGACCUUUACCUCAGAAAUGUCUUUUACCUCCUGUGUCUCGCCGUGUUGUCCUGCACAACCCAGUUACCCCUUUUCUCCUUUACCUACAAACCCUGGUGUGGCCUACCCCUCCUGUGAUUAAACCCUAGGGCGCCUGUAACCUUACUCUAUCUCCAGUCCUGUGUAAAUCCCACUCAGUCUACCAGGGCUGCUGUGCCUUCAAUUUAAAAAAAAAAAUUGUCCACAAGAAUUUUCUGCACAGAGAGACUCCUUUUAAAAGACAUUUUAGAGAUUUAUUACUUUUUUAAAUGGCUCAUUUUAAGAAUAUAAUUUAGGUAGUUGCACUAUUAUAAGUCUUUAUCAAUGUGGUCAAACCUUUUAAAUGUAUUAUUAUAUAUAUGUUCUAUAUAUUUUUUAAAACACUGGGUGAAUACUUCUUUUUACCUUUUGGGCAAACAAACCAGGAUUUUUUUUUUUUUUUUGGACCUACUGAUUAAGGAUUAUUGUACAUACUCUUGUGAAUAUUGAUACUUUUAUACUUUUUGGCAGCUCAGAUGUAAAUAAAAUGUAUAGCAAAUUUCUUAAUCAUUUGCAAUUUCAAAACUUUUUUUCCCCUUUUGCAAACGUGGUACAUUUGUCUUUCUUUGUUUUUCUUGGUUUAAAUCAAAGCAAUGAACAAAACACAGUCACUUAUGUCUUAUUCAACCAAUAUAACUGUGAUCGGAUGAGUGGAUGGCCUUGGAUCCUCAUAUUAAUCUAUGAAACAUCUAGACCCAUAAUUUUGGAAAUAAAUAGAUUAAUUUAGUUUGGAUUUAAGUACUGCACACUAAAUUUGAAUUACGCAUCUGCAAUGUAACUAUGCAGAAGUAAAAAUGCUAUCUUAUUAUAAUAUGUGCUGUGCUUCACUGCUUUGCAAUCUUUUUCAAAUAGAUGCCAAAAACAGAUGUAUUUUUCUUUGUCUUUAACAAAGAGUACUGUCAAGAAUAAUCAUUGGAAGUUUGAGGUUUUUACCACAGUGUCGGCAUUCUUUACAAAUGUAGUCGAUAAAGUUCCUUUUCAGUACACUUUUCAGCUUUGCUCAAAUCCUGUUCUUGAGAUGGUACACGAUCAGCUGUAUCAUUUUGUUUUUAAACUGAAAAAAGUGGACCAGGGAAAUUGGUUCAAAUGUUGGUUUUAAUGUUUUUAGCUGUUUUCUGAUCAAACUGCACAAAACAGAUCUCAAAUAGGUGGUGAGCCUGGGGAUUUGGAUGACUUUCUAACCACUGAUCAAUAAAAUGAGUGCAACACUAAA